GAGGUUAUAUACUCUGGGUUUUACUACGACGGUACAUUUAAACACAAACGUGCAGCGUGGAGUCACGCAAGAAAGGACCCACAAAACACUCAAAAAAGGAUCUGUUGUCAAGAUUUGAUAUUGUUUUGGGGGACAUGUCUCACGUCCAACUGUCCAGUAUCGCCAUGGAGAGGAUGGUGGCCCGGAGGACCUUCCCCCUCCAUAAACGCACCAGCGUCUGCCGGAACCUAUUUGGACCGGUGGACCACGACGAGCUGAGCCGGGAAAUGAGCAUCAAGCUGCGGGAGAUUUCCGAGCGCGACCGGCAGCGGUGGAACUUUAAUUUCGAGGCGAACACCCCCCUGGAUGGGGACUAUAAGUGGGAGGAGGUGCCCUUGGAUAAGGCCCCCGCGUUCUACCAGGGAGCGGCCCAGCGGGCCGCGGUGCCGCCGACGCCCGUCAAGCAGCACCCGGAGGGCGGCGUGCUGGAGCGCCUGGCUGCGCCCGAAGGGAGCGACGGAGCCCCGGUGGAGGUUAACCAGGAGAACCGCACUGAUAAGCUCAACGCUUGGAGGCUGGCCCACAGAAGGGCCCUCUGUGGGGGACGGAAGAGGCCGACCCCUGCGGACAACAACACGCACAUUACAGAUUUCUUCGUGAAGCGAAGGAAGGCUGCGGAUAGAAAGUGUGUGGACCUAAGCCUUCAGUCCAAGUCUCCCGUCCCUAUGGAACAAACCCCCAGGAAGAGGAUCCGCUGAUGGUUGGAUUUUUUUUGCACUACUUGCGUGGGCAUGUUUGAGGAUGACGAGAAGGAAGAAAGAAGAAAAAAAGGCAAGGGGCGUCCUGGGAGGGUGUGGGGGGUGGACUGUAGUCGCAGCCUCCCCAGCCUAGAGUGGACUAUAAGAGGCCAAGAUCGGCUGGCCACGGCGGGCUUAAGCGGAAGGAAGAGCAGCGCGGACCCAAACACCGGACCACAACCACCGGACUCUCAGGGCUGAACUUUGUUUUUGGGGUGGGGAAAGGUGGGGGUGGGGGGCAGCCUUUUCUAUCCAGUACAAAUGUAGCAUUCAUUGUUUGCUGCCACUCGACAGUGUUAAAUGUUUUAACAUCUGUGCAAUCCUUGAAAAAGACUUUAAAAAAUGUGUCUACACUGGCCAAAAGUGUACAGCUUUAUCGAGACAUCAGCCCUAUAUUGUGUUUCCUCUUGUAAAUGUAUAUUUUCUAAGCCUAUUUUAACUUAUAAUUUAUUUAUGUUGGUUUUCGUAUUUGUUAAAUGAAUUGUUGAUUUGUAUUUUAUUGACUUAUUAUUUGUGUUAUUGCUGGUGUAUUUGCAAUCAUGUAGUUUGUCCUCCCCCUGUGAGUGUAGCGUACACCAUAGCUGUCUUUUGUGUCUCUGAGCCAUUUUUAAAAAAUUGUUUGUGUCCCGUACAAGUGCCCUCAUGAGCAAAAGAUGAGAAUAAAACCGUUUUUUU